AUAAUCUCGACACCCAUAUGGAUUGACAUGCGUUGACUGACCUCGCAACAUCCACUUCAUUGCUGCCUUCAGCGCUCUUUGCUUUUUCAGUUCUGUCGCGGGGCUCGUUGUCCGCCCAUCUUCACCAUGAGAGGAGUCAAGGUCUUUUCAGGCCGGUCUCAUCCCACCCUAGUCCAAUCAAUAUGUGAAAGGCUAGGAACUACACCGGCCAACGUCGAAUUGGGUAACUUUGCAAACGGUGAAAUCAGUGUGCAGAUUGGGACUUCGGUCAGAAAUGAAGAUGUCUUCAUCGUUCAGAGUGGCAGCCCUCACAUCAAUGACAGUGUCAUGGAAAUGCUCAUCAUGAUUGCUGCAUGUAAAGGCGGCUCAGCAAAGUCCAUUACAGCAGUCAUACCCUACUUUCCCUACUCACGCCAAUCCAAGAAGAAGAGCCAUCGUGGAGCAAUCACUGCCAAAAUGCUAGCCAACCUGAUGGUGGUUGCCGGCGUGGACCAUGUCAUCACAGUCGACUUACAUGCCUCGCAGAUGCAGGGUUUCUUCGGAAAGCCCGUCGACAACUUGUUUGCUGAACCUAUCAUUGCUCGCUGGAUCAAGACGAACGUGCCCCACUGGAAAGAAGCGGUGGUCGUCAGUAAGAAUGUGGGUGGCACCAAACGAGUCACGUCGCUAGCAGAUGCUCUCAAGCUGAGUUUUGCCCUCGUGUCGACGGACAGAGACCGUUCUCGGCCAUCCCAUCACAGCAACUACUUGAUGGACAGCACCAUCUUCUUUGAUGCUAUCGAGCCGCAAUCCAUACGACUGGAGCAUCGCCAGAGUGACGGAGAUGAUGCCGAUCACGCUGACAACGAAUUGGAAGAUCCUUUCGAGGACAAGCACCGGAAUGUGCUCCCUCACCGCAACAAGAGCUCCGCAAAGAACGGAUCGAACCGUCUGUCACGCCCCAAGGCAGUCACAAUUGCAUCAAGCCCCCUUGUGCAGACGACAAGAGUGGAGUCUUCUCCCGCACCUGCGUCGCCGAAUGAGUUGACCCGAAUCGAGACCGCACCAAGCGCACGCCGUCCCUCCGAAUACGAACCUAGUGAAGCCCUGCACGACGAGAGAGCACGCGAUGUGAUUGUAGGUCGCUUGGUACAGGGUCAUCUGGUGGAUGACGACCAUCCAUCACCUGCACUUUCAAGUUCGGCCUCAGUCUCCGGCCUCCCGGGCGAUCACAAUCUGCCAACUCUGCAAGAUAGGAUCGAUUACGAUCCCAUGACUGCUUCUUUCGUAUCUAACGCGUCGUCCUUUCAACCAGAACAUGCACUGGGCGGCUCUUUCGAUGCUGCCGCUACCUCCGAUGAAGAAGACGAGCACAUGAAGCACCCCGGUCUCGAACAUACCAUUACUCUGGUUGGCAAUGUCAAGGAUAGGACAGUGAUCCUGAUGGACGACAUCAUCGACAAGUCGGGUUCCUGGAUAGCGGCCGCGGAGACCUGUGUCAAGAUCGGACAUGCCAAAAAGGUAUACUGCGUCGCUGUGCAUGCACUGUUUGGUGACGAUUCCUUGGAAGAACUGGAAGAAUGCGAGUGUAUCGACCACAUCGUUGUGACAAAUACCUUUCCCAUCACGACGGAACGAAUGAGGGAAUCGAAGAAGCUGAUUGUGAUCGACCUUGCCAAUCUCCUAGCUGAGGCGAUCCGUCGUAAUCAUCACGGAGAGGACAUGUCGACCAUGUUUCGCUUGAGUGAAUAGGUCAAAGGGCAGUGCGCUGUCGGUUCUCGUGCGAAGGCCACUGCCUUCCCCACUCGUCUUUGAAGCGUCAAUCUCAGCGUUCAGCUGUCUCACCAUACGCCGACGUAGCCGGGCAUGCUUCCCCUUGGAGGCGGAAGCAGAUGAUUCUCUGCUGGUCCUACGGAAAGUUGUCGACGGGGCAAGUUAAUUCGUGGACGUAGUAUGUCGUCGUCACCUCGAUUACUACAGUAUCCCUGUAGACCUGCAGAGACCUGCAACUUGUCAAACCCGUUUUCGGAUUCUCAGCCACAUUUUCUCUUGACUGCAGGCGAUCAAAGAAGCGGACAGGGUGGAAUUACGGUUUUGUCCAACCCCAGACUUCUGAGGAUUGUUACACAACAUCAUCAUGCGUUUUCUCGGCCUAAUGGAAUGUGUACAUUAUCAAAAUAUCCAAAUAUCCAGCCAGCCUCCGAUUACGAGAUAUUUCUCCCGAGUCGAGGGUUUUUGCGAAUGCUGGAAGUGGGAGAUGCAAACAGCUACUCGUACAGCUCGCGAUCAAUAGAAAAUCUUGCAGCUCGUCCUGGAUCGGCGUGAUGUAUCAACAUGGAGCUCUCAACCGCAUAUAGCUGGCUGCACAAUCACUCCGAUCUGCGAACCCCUGUGCUGAUAGCCUAUGGGGCUGACUAACGCCUCAAACGCCUGGGAUCCUGGGUGCUU